AAAUGAAAUUAAGCAAUUUGUGCUUUAAAUAUUGCAACUGAAUAUUAAAACAUUAAGGGAAGAGUACAUAUGAAACAGUUUCCUCUGGCAAAACUGGAUGCGUCUUUCAGGCUAUGAGAUCUCAAGUGCAGCGACUAUAAAAAAGUGCAAACAUUCGAGACGAGAAUUUUGGUGACCACCUUACAGUAUUGAAUUUUCCAUUAGGUUUUUUACCGUCACUGCUAACCUCAAACGGAUGAACACAUUUUGACAGUUCAGCAGUACUGUUUGUAAACAGAAGUUUCUUUUGUUUGUUUAUUGACAAAUUGGAUCAGACCAUUCACGGUCCGUAUCGCCUAAAUAAAGUUUUAAAACAUUUGUUCACGAUUGAAUACGGUUCGUUUUUGAUAUUUAUUAAAUAAAAGUGACUAGUUGCAAAGUGUAAAGAUGAUUGUUUUAGAUGUGCUCUUCCAUUUUUGUUUAAGCUUGUUUGUAAACAGUACCGCUGAACUGUCAAGGAUGAAUACUUGUUCAUUUGUGUCGUCACGAUAAAAAACCUAAUAGUGCAGCGGCUGCAUGGACGAAUGAACAGAAUGAACAGAAUGAAUUAAUAUGCGCAACAAGUUCGUAAAGGUUGUGAUGAUAACCUGUGAUAACUAACUUCCAGGCCAACAACAGUAAAGACUGAGCCUCCGACCGGUGAGCAAGAGGAAAGUAUUUUUUUUUGUAAAGUAAUACGUUUAUUGCAUGAUUUUGAAUGUUGUAUAAAUAAUGGAUAAGACGAAACGUGUAUCUAUUGAAAAAGCACCGCAUCGUGUAGAAGAAGCAUACGCGACAAUAUUUACCAUCGGUGCUCUGGAAUUCCUGAACGAUUUGGUCGUCGAGUUUGAUAAUGAAGUUGAAAAGCUAAUUCAACAAAGAUUGCAUCGACGGUUGAAUAUAAAACAAGGAAAAUGGAAACCGGAAUUUAAGAACAAUAGCGAAAAGUUGAAGUGGAAAAUAGACGACCUACCAUUUCGUUUGCAGAAUCGCAAGGUUGAUCUAGGAGAUGUUAGUCCAGCAAACACGACUAGUUUCGUCGAUAGUUUGUAUGCUCAGGUUCAAGGCAUACAAGUUGACUUCGACGAUGGCCAUUGUCCGACUUGGCGAAACACCAUACAGGGACUUUAUAAUGUUAUGCGGGCUGUUCAUACUAUACUACCAGGUGGACCUGCUGACUUACAGAAAUGCCCACUUAUGUUGCUUAGGCCCAGGGCAUUUAAUAUGAUAGAACAUCAUUGCAUGAUUGAUGGAAAAGAAGUACUAGGACCGUUAUUCGAUUACGCAAUAUUGAUGUAUCAUAAUGCGCAAAUCAUGGCCGAUUUAGAAGUUGGUCCUUAUUUCUACCUUUCAAAAAUUGAAGCUCCCAAUGAAACCCAGUUAUGGAACAAAAUUUUCAUUUGGACUGAGAAUCGUCUAAACCUUCGGAGUGGAACUAUUAAAGCUUGUGUCCUCAUUGAAAAUAUUUUAGCAGUUUAUAGCAUGGAAGAUAUUUUGUAUUCAAUCAAAGAACAUGCUAUCGGAUUGAACUGUGGUGUUUGGGAUUACUCAGCUAGCAUAAUUUCUAAAUUUGGCGAUGAUGCUAAUUUUAUCAUUCCUGAUCGAAAAAAGUAUGUUAAUAUGGGUCAACCAUUUUUAAGAAACUACAUGAAUCUUUUGAUACAUACUUGCCAUAAACGUGGAGCACUUGCUACUGGAGGCAUGGCUGCGAAAAUAUUGCCAAAUGGGAAAAAUUCAGAUGGCACGACUAAUGAUAUCAUAAAAAGCGUUAAGCUGGCGAAGUCUGUUGAAAUCGACUGCGGAGUAGAUGGAUUUAUGAUAUACGAUCAGCGAAUGGUCAACGAUAUUAACGAACUAUGGCAACAAAAAUGUCCUAGCGAAAACCAACUUCAAGUUCGUCCAAAUAUCAAUCAUAUUACUGCUUCUACUUUGUUAAAAAUUCCGGAGGGCGGAGUCACAAUGGAAGGUUUAAGCUAUAACAUAACAGUGGCCUUGCUUUUUAUUUAUCACUGGUUCACCGGGAGUGGCGUGUUUUAUUUAAAUGGAACAGUUGAAGAUUCUGCAACGGCCGAGAUAUCGCGAUCUCAAAUCUGGCAAUGGAUACGCCAUCGUGCUACUAUAGAAAGGGAACACAAUGCAUACGUGACCAGAUCUUUGGUCUAUUCGAUGCUGGAUGAUGUUAUUUCCAUAGCUUAUAAAACGUGGUGCGUGUCCUUGCCCGAUCGAAAAAGACUAUUGUCGUCGAAAUAUGUGUUGUUAGACAUAAUUUCUUCCCGGGAUUUUAUCGAAUUUAUAACGACAUAUUUGAAUGACAAUCACAAAUUUAGAACUCUACACAACAAAAUUGAUCGCUUAGAGUCAAAACUUUAAAAAAGUGCAAUAAAUAAAUGAUAGUUUUUGUAAUUCUUAAGAUAUAUACAAUAAAAAAGAAUGUCAAUUUUAACUAUGCCUUAUUAAUUCAUUCAUUGCUUGAGUAUUUCCAGCUUACAAAAUACAUUACCAUAAUUUGUAGUGCAAAGAAACCUCUAAAUGUAGGAAGAAGAAUUCACCCAAUAUCCACGAGACGAUGAUCAAUUUGACCUAUCAAAGUUGUUCCAAUGAUUCUCUUAAAGGGCCAAUAUUGUACAUAUUCUGUUUUAUAUAAAUUAUAUACAUUGUAUACAGGGUGCUCCAUCUAGAUAGGACCUUUUAAUAACUCCGUAAUUUUAGCCGAUUUUGACAAAGCCAGAUUCUGAAACGAUGUACAUUGAAAAGAAUCGUUCAGCUGUGGACACUGCGCGUGCUUAUCGUAAAAAUAAUAUGGGAGACAUUACGAAUUGUUAUGAAAAAUUUCUUUGAAUUCAGAAAACCCACACAUCAUUCACGAAACACCAUUGCAAGACGAAAAAGUUACUGUUAGCGUUGGAGUGUGCUCGAAAACGAUUAUUGAACCAUUGUUUCAUUUUCCAAAAUCGAAUGAAACAUUAAGGAGUUAGUAAAUAUUUCAAUAUGUCCAGUUGAGAUGGCAAACCCUGCAUGUAUUGAAUGUUUUAUUUUUUAUUUUUAAUGCAAACUGCUUGAGCUCUAGGAUGCCGACGGCAGGAUAUAUAACGGAAGUUGUCCUUUGCACUUCCCUUAUUUUUAAGGCAUCCUUUACGUAAUAGUAACAUAGGUCAAUUGAGUUCCAAAUAAAUAAUAUACAAAUUUACUGGUAGCCUUUAUUUGUAACUACGGCUAAAACUCGUAAGAGCCUUCUUAACAUUUCAUCGGAUUCUAAAUAACACCGAAGUCAUCACUUAGUAAUGAAUAGUACGUAAGGACGCCACAAACAAAAUGAACGGCCAAAAUAGAACUAGUUUAUUCCGAAGAAUGGUUGGUAAACGACUGGACAAUGCGCAAUUCAGGCCCCAAUGUGGUUCUUAGCCUCUUGUCCUGUAACUCCUAUCCCUACCUCCCCGCGGUACUGGCUGGGGUACGAGUAACCAUAGGAAAGAUCGGGUGACCAACCCCGGUGGGACCUUGGUCGUAUGCUGUCAGGGAAGGGGGGGCUUGCCUUCUCUUUACAGAGAGCGAGUCUAUCCGAGCGUCUGUUCCCCAUGUUGGGGCGGCUCGAAACAGCGUCUGUUCUCCAUGCUAGGAGCGGCUGAUUACCUUGUCCUUGUGUCAGUGUGGGACCCCAAACAGUACUGACACGAUGGCCCUCCGGCGAGACAGGAGGUUGGUGCAGGCCUAACAACCCAAGUAACAAUUUUUGUUACGCUAGCGUGUUUGUGACUAGUUUGCAACCAGAUAUUUGAGUGAUUGUUACUAACAUCUAACCACUUGCAUGACUCAAAAAGCGCAGUUUCUACUAGCUAUUAAGUCGGCUAAAAAUAAGUUGUCGUUACGUUGUAAUGCCAUACUGAAAUAACUUAUCUUUUCAUAACUUGAAAAUAACUUGUUCUCAAGUAAACUAGUUGAAACUUAGUCACCAUCGACAUUAUAAACAUUGAAUAAAUCCAGAAUACUUUUCUAUCAUCAAUAAAAAAGCAGAAGAGUACUUUAAAUCACAAACUUGAUACAAGGUACAAAUUUCACAACGAUCCAAAAACUGUCGAGCGGAAUUCAAUUUUACUUAACUGUUUUUUAUGCGCCUUCAAUCAAAAUCUGUUUAUAAAGAUAUACAAAAUAAACAACAAAAUAACCCUAUGGUCAGAAUGCUCAAAAUUAUUCCAAGUAGAGUGAUUUCUCAUCAUUUUAAAUUCAUAUAUCAUGAGAAUUAUAAUAUUAUCACAAUCGAUGUUCAAUCCCUAUAUUAUUUUUUCGUGUUUAUGACAGUGCAUAGAACAAAAAUGACUAUUCUGCCUUUCACUAUUUUCGGCAAAAAGUAGUUUUGAAACAAGUAAUAUCCUGGUUUUAUUUAUGUUUCAUACACUUCUUGAGACUCCAUAUUGUGUUCGCCAUAUUCAAGCCAACAAAGGUUGUUUUGUUUGCAUUUUCGUUAUCAUAACGUUGGGAAAACCUACCGAUAACUAUCUGAAUCAAUGAAGAAAUUAUAUGUUAUAAUCUUAUAAUAUCUAAGUUAUUACUACAUCAAUUCACAGUAACGAUUUACAUAUACGCUUACGUAUUUAUAAUGGUUUCGCAACGGAAAAUAAACCUUUUUUCAACUAGUAGCUAAAAGCAUAGCUGUGAUUAAAGAUAUGUUAGAAUCAAGUAACGAUAACUUACAAACGAUAGUUAGUUCAAUGUUUACGUUAUAAAGAAACACUGCUGUCACCUUGUUUUAACCAGUAUAACAUAAAAACAUGUUCGUGCUCUUGUUGCAACACAGUUGGGUUAAGUGGUAUCAAAACUAGUUACGGGUUGCUACUAUUGAAGUCAAAUAAACUUAUUUUCAACUAGUAGCUAGAAGCAUAGUUGUGAUUAAAGAUAUGUUUGGAUUAAGUAACGAUAGCUUAUAAAUUAUAUUUAAUUCAAUAUGACACGAAGAUGUUAUGAUUGGAAACCUAAAUAACUAUUUCGUAACUAGUUAUGUUAUGAUGAAACAUUGCUGUCACCAUGUUUUAACCAGUUUAACAUAAAAAACAUAUUCGUGCUCUUGUUUCAACAUAGUUUGGACUUUGUCGUAUCAGAACUAGUUGCGAAUUGCUACUUGGGAAGCCGCCCGGAAAAUACGUGUUACGUACGAUCAAGAAAGAAAUACGACUCGGAAUAAUCGACAAAGACCUACGCGACGAACUAAGGACUACGACUGGAAGCUUGGCACAUGGAACUGCAAAUCGCUUGGCUUCCCAGGAUACGACCGAAUGCUGCAUGAUGAGCUUCAAAUACGCGGCUUCGAUGUCGUAGCACUGCAGGAACUUUGUUGGACGGGACAGAAGGUGUGGAAAAGUGGGCAUCGAGCGGCUACCUUCUACCAGAGCUGUGGCACAACCAACGUUCUAGGAACUGGAUUUGUAGUGUUGGGCAAGAUGCGCCAGCGUGUGAUUGGGUGGCAGCCAAUCAGGGAUAUAAUGUGCGUAUUUAAGAUCAAGGGCCGUUUCUUCAAUUACAGCAUCAUCAACGUGCACUGCCCACACGAGACGAGACCCGAUGACGAGAAGGAAGCAUUCUACGCGCAGCUGGAACAAACAUACGACAGCUGUCCACGGCGGGAUGUAAAACUUGUCAUCGGCGACAUGAAUGCUCAGGUAGGCCGGGAGGCAAUGUACAGGCCCGUGAUCGACAACAGUCAACGAUGCGUAAACUUUGCAGCCUCCCAGUAGUAAACUUUGCAGUGCAGUAGUUCUAAAAAGCUGUCAUUAAUGCAUAUUUUAUGAUUAUCUUACCCAGAACUGAUAGUCAUUUUUUCGGCUAGCAC